AUAUGAUAUGAUCACUACGAUAUUCGCUUGUUACUACGAUACGAUUCAGUAUCAAACAGAGUUCCGGGAGCGAUUAAUUAUAAUUUCCAAGCUACGAUGUGGCGUCCGAGUAUUUUCGUCUGGCUUUUCUCAAUCCUAGUUUCAAUCCAGGGAUUCGGAUUCCGAGGGUUCCAUUAUGAGGGCCUGGAAGAGCCUGUGGUGAAGGGUGGGAGGAUUUUAAAGGAGAAAUGGGUUGAACAGCCUCUGGAUCAUUUCGAUGUGACCAAUAAUAGGACAUGGAGGAUGAGGUAUUACGAGAAUGAUCAGUUCUUCAACAAAACUGGACCCAUUUUCGUUAUGCUGGGAGGAGAAUGGACAAUUACUCCUGGCUAUCUUCAGACUGGAAUUUUAUUCGAGAACGCUGAAGUUCAUGGAGCCAUGAUGUACUAUACGGAGCACCGAUAUUACGGGAAAAGUCGCCCUGUUGUGGACACAAGUGCUGAAAAUCUUCAAUUUCUCAGCGUCGAUCAGGCUCUCGCGGACGUUGUUUUUUUCAUCGACACCACAAAACAAAAAUUGAAUAUUUCUGAAUCCCCUGUCAUUGUAUUUGGUGGGUCGUACGCAGGGAAUAUGGCAGCUUGGGCGCGCAUCAAGUACCCGCACUUAAUCUCGGGGGCUGUGGCGAGCAGUGCACCUGUUCGUGCAAAAGCCGAUUUCUAUGAAUACUAUGAAGUGGUCAGGAAUUCUCUGAAUAUUUACAAUGAAAAAUGUGCUACUGACACUAAAGCGGCAUUCUCAGUUAUUGAAAAACUUCUUACAGGAAAAACCGCGGACCCUAAAAAAUUUAAAGAUGAUUUCAACCUUUGUGAUGUUCCCGACAUUUCCAAAUCUACGGAGCUUGCAUGGGUGACGAGGUCUCUUGCUGAAAUGUUCGCCAGCACCGUGCAAUAUAACUCAGUUGAAUGGGACGGGAAAACGUCAAUUGUGAAACUGUGCGAUUUGAUGAUGGCGCCUUCUGGGAAUGCCUCGUCGCCAUAUGACCGACUCGCCAAUAUGUUCAAGAGUCGGAAUAAUCGUAAAUGCGUGAAUUUGAAGUACAGCGAUUUUAUCAAUUCCUAUCGUAAUACCUCUUGGGAGUCUGAAGCAGCUUCGAGCAACAUGAGACAGUGGACUUAUCAGACUUGUACGGAGUACGGAUACUAUCAAACGUCGAACUCUCCAAAAUCCAUAUUUGGAACACUCUUUCCGAUAGACUCCGACAUUCAGAUGUGCAAAGAUUUGUAUGGCGAAUAUUACAAUGAAGGUAUCGUGAAAAAGAGUGUGAGGAGAACGAAUAUUAUGUAUGGUGCAGAUCUACCUGAUGUGGACCGCAUUAUAUUCACUAAUGGUGAUGUGGAUCCAUGGCACGCACUAUCAGUGCUCAAAGACAUCAACAAGGAGGCUUCAGCAAUUUUUAUUAAAGGCUCAUCACAUUGCGCAGAUCUGAAGUCCGAGAAGUCGACAGACAUAGAAGGCCUCAAGGAAGCAAGAUACAUCAUUGCUUCAAAAAUUUCCAAUUGGCUGAACUCCACUCACUCCAAUUAUUAAUUAUUAUUAUCCUCAGAUUCAUUAAUCGUAAUAUGAUUAUGGUGUGAACAAAAUGUCUUAUAAAUUGAAUAAUGAAAAUCGA